UUAGUCUGUCAUCCACUUACUAGCAGUUAUCCAUGUAGCUUUUUGUCUUUUUGCGCUAUUGGCGUCAACAUACUGCCACGUUCGUGGACCAUGUCUGAUGAAAUGGACAUUUUUAGAGACGAAGAAGCGGACGACCUGAAGUACAAACGCGGGGGGCGUUUGGACAUGAGCCACGGCUUCCUGCACCAUAUCCGCAGGAACCAGAUUGCCAGAGACGACUACGACAAAGAGGUAAAGUUAGCCAAAGAAUCUCAACGACGAAGACACACCACAACUCCUCAACGACCUAGGCGCCCUGACAUUCAGGUUUACCAUCCCAGACAAAGACAUGAAUCUGAACCUCAGGCGAGCACGGAGGCCGAAGAGUGGAAUGAGAGUGGCUCAAGUACUGAGACAGAGAUGCAGGGAACUGAACUCUUUUGGCUUGACUAUCAGGCGGACUCAGGGACUGUCACAUCCUUCCUUGUGCACAAGGAUGAUAAACCAGCGAGAGUGGUAGAACGUGUUGCUGGAAAGAACGCCCUGGAUUCGACCAUGAGGGCGGUCCUGGAGGUUCGCAUUCGAAAGGAAAUGGACAAAAGAAGAGAUAAACGCUGAGGGAGCAAUGCAAGAGCGUAGUUUGCAACAGGCAAAGACCCCCCUGCAACGUCAUCAUCCUGGUUAGCAGGAAAGCUGCAGACAGAGCUGGCGUGAAAGACAUGGAGGAUUGUGUCAAGUCGGCGAGCAGAUAUCCGAUCCGCAUUCCUGUUGGGUUUCAAAAAGAAGGACGUACAGUCGAGAGCACUCGUAGCUGCAUUUCACUGGAGAGUGUUGUGCAUGUUACUGGUACAUGUCUCAAUGACAAAAAAAAAAAGAAAAGAGAACAUUUCCUCUGUAAUUGUUAGCCUUUCAGGUUUGAAUAAAGUGCUGAAAGUGGUAGCACCACAGUGUGUGAAUUUUAGCCUUUACCAUAUAACUAUUUUAACUAUUUAUUUAACUAUUUAUAGUUGUAAUGUAUUUUUAUGGACAGCUUUUUUCACCCACAAAUUUUAUUUUGCUCUAAAUGUAUCAUACUGCAAGUUUUAGAGUAAAUAGCAUUACAAGGUAUUUUGUUUCUACAUGGCAAACUACCAAUAAAUGGCAUGCAAACAUUUCUUUUCCAACCAUCAA